CAGUGCGGGCUUAUCGACACUGUGAGUAGGCCUAUGUUUGAUUUUCAGACCUCAUAUAUCUGCAGCAUGGCAGGAUGCUUGCUUUUCAUUCUAAUCUGAUAUGCGCCGUGAGGUUUGGACGUAGGCACCUAUCUUGAUGGAAAAAAGGAAGCUGUCAGACACAAUGAAAAAAGUUGGACUUAUUGGAGUGCUGCUGUUACCCCAGGCAAAGUCGUCAUCAGGGUGUCAUCCUCAUGUUAAUCUUGUCAGAGAGGAGGAAAAGUGCAUGACAGAUCUUUUAAAGUCACACAGAGCAACAGAAAACAAUAUCAGUGUGCACUGUAAGGGAAUGUGGGAUGACCUGAACUGCUGGCCACCUGCAUCUCUUGGAGAAACUGUCUCUCAGCCAUGUCCAGACGUUUUCAAUUCAGAAGGUAAAGUGCACCGCAACUGCACCGCCAGUGGAUGGACAGACCCGCUCGUCCCACAUGAAGAUGCAUGCGGCUACACUUUCAAUGAGACGCUCCACUUCCUUGGAGAGUCCUCAGAUUCCCAUUUGUAUUUCUCCUACGUGAAGACCAUGUACACAGCUGGGUACACCCUCUCUCUCAUCUCCCUCACCAUCGCUGUCACCAUAUUCUGUCUGUUUAGAAAGCUGCACUGUACCAGGAACCACAUUCACAUCCAGCUGUUUAUCUCCUUCAUCCUGAGAGCCAUCUUCAUCUUCAUCCGAGAUGCUCUGCUAUUCACUAAUGAAGAGAUCUACCACUGUGACUACUACCCGGUGGCAUGUAAAGUUGUGCUGAUGUUUUCCAACUACUCCAUCCUGGCAAACUACAGCUGGCUGCUGGCGGAGGGUCACUUCCUCUUCACGCUGGUGAGCCGCUCCUUCUUCUCCCUAAAGAAACACCUGGCCUGGUACAUCGUCCUAAGCUGGGGCUUACCUCUAAUUGUUAUUGUCUCCUGGGGAUGUGCCAAGUACUUUUACGAAGACGAAGGCUGUUGGGAGACCAGGAGACAUGAAUGGAUUUGGUGGAUACUUCGAGUGCCGGUUCUUCUGACUAUAUCUAUGAACCUCAUCUUUUUCUUGGGCAUUUUGAGGAUACUGGUGAGCAAACUCAGAAUGCCAGAUGCACAGAGGAAUGAAUUCAGCCAGUACAAGAGGCUGAUCAAAUCUACAUUUUUUCUGGUGGCUCUGUUUGGUCUGCAUUACAUCCUGUUUGUUUUCUUACCUGUUCAAGUCAGCAGCUCAGUGUUUAAGAUAUGGACCUUUGCAGAGCUGGCUCUGUCUUCCACACAGGGUUUUGUGGUCGCUGUGCUCUACUGCUUCAUGAACGGAGAGGUGCAGCAUGAGUUUCAGAGGAGGUGGAGGAGGUGGAGGCUGACUCAGCACCUGCCCAGUCGGCGGAGGCAGCAUCACAGCUCCAUCAGCCACAGCGGGUCUCCCCACACACAGGUCUCCCUGCUGCCCUGCUCCCCAGGCAACCCGACAACAGGCGGACUCCCCAUGGAUACUAUGGCGAUGUGAUUCAAGUUGGUAUUGUCUCAUUUUCUCGCUCUCCUCCUCCAUCGGAACACAGUGGAUCCUGGCUUUAGUGCUGGCAGCCAAUUAGUACACAACAGUAGCUUGAGUGUUUCUUCCUGUGGUACUGUCAAGAGUUUAUUUUACUGAUCCCUGGAGUGUUUUUAUUAGAGGACAUAAGGAUGUAAUGUGCACUGUAGAGGCCCAGCUGCCAGGCUUACUUGUUUAUAGUAAUGUCUCAAAUUGGUGUGGCAAUGAUUUGUUAUGUUCAAAUGUCACAGAUAUAAAUUGUAUUGAACAUUUAAACACAAAUGUAAAUGUUCAGUUAUUUGAAACUGCCCCAUUUGGGGACUUGAAUGACAAAGAUAGAAAAAAGAAGUAGGCACUAAAAUAUAGUGACCUUUUGUCCUCAGUAUUGUGAAAACUCCAAAAACACUUGAUCCUACAUUUCCCAUAAUGCAACUCAACAUCAUUUCAUGAACCCUGGUAAAUGCCUUUAAAAUUUAGUGGCCCCAAUUUAAAAUGCAGGGUUUCUGUUAAAAAAACAUCAUCAGGGCUGUUUUUACGAUUUUACUGAUUACCUUCACAGCCACAGAAGAUAUUGAACAACUAAGCACUACACUUCAGCGCUACUAUCGUCAUUUUCAGGCCUAAAAUUGGUGAAAUUCCUCUUUAAACAGUAAAGGUUAUCAUAAAAAUACAUUUUUGUAUCCACCCUCUGUGGAAAAGCAUUUAUCUCUCUUCCGUAAAACUUCAAUUAAAGGCCUAGUCCUAGUAAAAAGCCCAGUCCUCUUUACUAGCCUGGUGUAGCUAC